UCACUCUCUCUCUCUCUGUCUCUCUCUCUCUGUCUCUCUCGCUCUCUCUCUCACUCUCUCUCUCUCUCUGUGCAGUGUUUUGUUUUCAGUAGUAAUGAAGGGCAGCUCUGUAUAAGACGCUCGGAGGGAUGUGCGGGUAACCCCGGAGCGCUGCAGAGAUGACGGAUGAACUGUAUAGUUUGGACCCUCGACGGCAAGAAUUGCUGGAGGCCCGGUUUACAGGACUUGGUGUGGCUAAGGCCUCUGGUCCUAACGACUCCAACCAAAGCCUGUGCAGUGGAGGCUCUCUGAGUGACAAAGAACUUGAGACGCCAGAGAAGAAGAGCGGUGAACAGCGAACAAGGAAAAGAAAAGGAGAGAAUUACGACCAGGUGAAAGCAGGGGCUCGAGGGCCUAAGAUUAGUGAUUACUUUGAGUUUGCGGGGGGCAGCUGUCCUGGGACCAGUCCGGCGCGGGGAAUUCCACCGCUCGUCCGCUCUUCUCCACAGCACUCGCUCUCAAACCCUGCAGCACUGGUUCAGCAGUGCAGUCCUCCCUCCAUUAUCCCUGCCAACGCUGAUUUUACUAUGAGCUCAGCAAACUCCUCACACAGAGCUGCACAGACUGAUCUGACCGUGGAUAAGCUCCUGGCACUGGAAAACAACAAGAACUCAGACGUGGAGAAGAAGGAGGGCCGAAUAGAUGACCUGUUACGGGGAAACUGUGACUUGAGGAGGCAGAUCGAUGAGCAGCAGAAAAUUCUGGAACGGUUUAAAGAGCGACUCAACAAGUGCGUCACCAUGAGCAAGAAGCUUCUUAUAGAAAAGUCUAAGCAGGAGAAAAUGUCUUGUCGGGAUAAGAGCAUGCAGGACCGGCUCAGAUUGGGUCAGUUCACCACUGUCAGACAUGGUGCGUCUUUCACUGAACAGUGGAAGGAUGGAUACGCCUUUCAGAACCUCAUUAAGCAGCAGGAGCGAAUAAACGCAGAUCGUGAGGAAAUUGAGCGGCAGAGGAAGCUUCUAGGGAAGAGAAAACCACCCUCCGUGGCCCAAAUCCCACCUCCUAGCCUUGAGCCAAAUAAGCGAAAAAUCAAGAGCAACGGAGCAGAGAAUGAAGCGCUGUCUCUUGCGGAGUAUCAUGAGCAAGAAGAGAUUUUCAAGCUGAGGCUUGGUUACUUAAAAAAGGAAGAGGCAGAGAUCCAAGCGGAGCUGGAGCGGUUGGAGCGUGUAAGGAACCUCCACAUACGUGAGCUGAAGAGAGUACACAACGAAGACAGCUCCCAGUUUAAAGAUCACCCAACGCUGAAUGAUCGAUACCUGCUGCUACACUUGCUGGGCAGAGGAGGUUUCAGUGAAGUCUACAAAGCGUUUGAUCUAACUGAGCAGCGAUAUGUGGCUGUUAAAAUCCACCAGCUUAACAAGAACUGGAGAGAAGAGAAAAAGGCAAACUAUCACAAGCACGCAUGCAGAGAAUACAGGAUUCACAAAGAGCUGGACCAUCCAAGAAUAGUCAAACUCUACGACUACUUCUCACUAGACACAGACUCGUUCUGCACAGUUCUAGAGUACUGUCAGGGGAACGAUUUGGAUUUCUACUUGAAGCAGCACAAGCUGAUGUCUGAGAAAGAGGCGCGCUCCAUCGUCAUGCAGAUUGUGAAUGCUCUGAAAUAUCUGAAUGAAAUCCGCCCACCAAUCAUACAUUACGACCUUAAACCAGGUAAUAUAUUGCUGGUGAAUGGCACAGCAUGUGGGGAAAUUAAGAUCACUGAUUUUGGCCUAUCAAAGAUAAUGGAUGAUGAUAGUUAUAACGCUGCGGACGGCAUGGAGCUCACAUCACAAGGAGCAGGAACCUACUGGUAUCUGCCUCCAGAGUGUUUUGUGGUGGGGAAAGAGCCUCCUAAAAUCUCAAAUAAAGUGGAUGUGUGGUCAGUAGGUGUCAUCUUCUAUCAGAGUGUUUAUGGCAAGAAGCCAUUUGGACAUAAUCAGUCCCAGCAGGACAUCAUACAGGAGAACACCAUUCUUAAAGCCACAGAGGUUCAGUUCCCUGCCAAGCCUGUAGUGACUCCAGAAGCAAAGGCGUUUAUCCGUCGCUGUCUGGCCUACAGGAAGGAGGAUCGUAUUGAUGUGCACCAACUGGCAAGCGACCCCUUCCUCUUGCCUCACAUCCGCAAAUCUGUGCCCCCCCCACCGACCUUCCCGCCCUCCGUUCCAUCCACCUCCAGCUCCUCCUACAACAGCAGUGCCUCCAACUGACCCCCACACUGUGCAGCAGAGGUUUCUAAAAUGAAAUGUCAAUGAUGUGACUGUCAGGAAAAAGGGAUGGGAAAAGGAGGAAGACUUUAAUAACACUGCAGAAAAACAUUAGAACCUGUGGAAUAUGUGUGAUAUGUGCUUGGGAACUACAGAAGAAUGGGUUACAUUGACUCAGAAGUGAGAAAGAGGAUUAGAAGAGGUUGGAGAUUGAUGUUUUUGGUCUGAACUCUGAGGCCAUGUUU